CAUAAAACACAUUAUUUACCUUCUGGUCUUUUCUUCUGCACCUAAACAUGCAAACAUGCAGUGUUUCAAUCAAUCAAUAUUAUUUAUAAAGCCCAAUAUCACAGCUGAGGAAAGAAAGAAAGAAAGAAAGAAAGAAAGGCAUCACACAGCCCACUCAGCGGCGCCGCACGUGGCCGCCAGGUGGCGCGGUGACAUCACUGAUUGCAGACGAGAUGACGAAGUGAUGAAGUGAUGAAGGUGGAGAACAGACGGAGGUGUCAGGGAGCUGCAGGGUGCUGUUGGACCGUCAGAGACACGAGGUAAAUGAAGUUAUUAUGAUUAACAUAUCAAUUAAGACAGAGCGCGAGACACCUGCUGGAGACACGGAGCGCGAGACACCUGCUGGAGACACGGAGCGCGAGACACCUGCUGGAGACACGUCACCGUGUGUUUGUCCUGUUCGAGGAGCGCCUUCAGUGAGCUGAUGUUGAUGGAGCCCACUGACCAGGAGGCAACAUGGACGCCAUGGACUGCAGACAGCACCUGAGAGUGUCAGCAGGAAGGAUGAGGUGGUGGAGGGAGGUGGACAUGUGGAGAGGCAGCGAGCAGCAGAGGAGAGAGGGAGAGGAGGAGGAGCUGGUGGAGGUGCUGCUCCGAGGCAAAGCACCCUGGGGCUUCACCCUGAGGGGAGGCAGCGAGCACAGAGAGCCUCUGGUCAUCACCAAGGUGGAGGAGGGCAGUGUGGCGGCGGCAGUGUGUCUCCAGGUCGGUGAUGAAAUGGUGAGCGUGAACGCCGUCCCCCUCAGCGGCUCCCGUCAGGAGGCCAUCUGCCUGGUGAAGAGUUCCCACAAGACCCUGACCCUGGUGGUCCGAAGAAAGAAUGAUCCAGGCUCACGGCCACAUUCCUGGCACUCCUCCAAGCUGACAGAAGAGGAGUCCGAGCGCACCAGGCGAGAGGCCGCCCCAGCACCAGUCUGGCAGCCAAAGCAUGAAGCGAGGCCCAAAGACUCAUCAAAUCAAGGGGACCAGAGCACCCAGCGUCAGCUAACCAGCCAGUUCACCUCAGCGAACAACAUGGAGAGACUGGAGCGUCCCUCGCAUCCCUUCUCACCAGGUCAUCUCUCCCCGACCAAAUACGUCAGCAGUGCCGAGCCACACUGUGGACCAGGAGGCAAAAGAGACUCUGGGUUCAGCUGUUUCACCAGCACCAGCCCUCCUGGUCAUGACCUCAGCGCAUCUGAUAGGAAGGGAACCAGCGCUGAAAACAUUUUCUUCAAGGGCCCCCAGAGUGAAGGGCCUCAGCAGGCAGAGAGGCCCAGGUACCUGCAGCCGGCGCUGGGGAACGGGAGCUGGGAUGAGCAACCUGCCUCUCGGGUCUCCGUCGCAGGGAGGCCCAGUAUCAGCCCAGUGUGGCAGGUACCAGAGAAGAAGAAGUCCCAGUCUCCUCCUCCCCCACCCCCUCCCCUGCGCAGUGACAGCUUUGCUGCCACAAAGGUGUUCCCUUACUCUGAAGGGCCUGGUGGUCCAGCAAAGAGCCAUGGCAGGUCAGUUGAAAAGCUUACAGAAAAUAACCAGAAUGGCCUCAGAUCUCAUCAGGAGAAAACCUCAGAGGCCAGACGUAGCUUCAACCCCCUGCCCACCAAAGACUUCCUCCAUCCCAACAUGGCAGCUGACCACAACCACAACCAGCUGCACCCCAACAAACUCUUCUCCUUGUCCAGCAAUGAUGUCAGACAGCCUCAUUACACCAAACUACCUGCCCACCAGAGGCAGUACAGUGACGAAAGCCCCCUAUACCUGCAGACCAGGACAGCUCCUCCAACCAAGAUUCAGAGUGUAGGAAGCUACUACCGCAGCCUCCAGGAUCUGCCCACAAACGGCUUCGGCCGCAAACAGGUCCGGCACUCUACAGCAUCUGUUGCAAGCUCUGCUGCGAAUCUGGAGAAUGGAGGGCACAACAGAUACUACGCUUUGGCAGGGAAGCAUACGGUUCAGACUGCUGACCUCCAGGCCAGGCAGGGCAAAGCAGAGGGUCUGAGGGGGGACACACAGAAACCUCACUGGGUAAACAGCAAUGAACCAGGCUUCCCAAGUUCCCUUAAGACAAACGUGAAGGCAAAAUACUCUCUACCUCAGUCCCAGCUGCCUUAUAGUGAAGAUAAGGAGCGCAGUGGCCAUUCCCAGCUGGGGAAUGGUCUACAUUAUGACCACCAAACCUCUGAAGUUUGUGUUCGAGGCCUGGAAGAUGCUGCAAAGAGAGGUGAAGGACACGCUAAUGACCUAAAAAGUCACUUCCCAACACAUCAGAGUAAUGAUCAUAAGGCCAUAAGGCACCAAGACCCAUGGGUGCCACAAGAUGAUCACCGAAUAUCCCGUCUGAAAACCCCACUUCUCCACUCCCUGGCCCAGGAGAGUAGAAGUCUGGCUGUGAGGCAACCAGCAGCUAUGACCACCCAGGAUGCCGGUGACACCAUGGCCGCCAGCGGGGGAAAAUCUAACCGCCGCAGUGACCGUUACGCCACCACUCUCCGCAAUGAGAUCCAGCAGAAGCGAGCCCAGCUGCAAAAGAGCCGCAGCGCUGCAACCCUGACAUGCGAAGCCGAGGACGAGGAGGCAGAGGAGUGGAGAUCUACAAAAACUUGCUCUGGUGUCUCUUUCUCCAGCACCUACAAGGACCACCUCAAAGAGGCGCAGGCAAGGGUCCUUCAGGCCACCUCCUUCCAGAGACGAGACCUUGAGCCUCUUGGACCAGAGGUGCCGGUAGUUAAAACCUCCAAUGGACGCAUCAGAGGACGUAAGCGCUUCCCCCUGGCCAAAAGGAUGCACUCCUUCUCAGAGCCUGACAAGAUAGACAAAGUGGGAGUGGAGGGAGAACCUCAGACCGGGUCUUUCGGAGAGCGCAGAAAGUUCUUUGAGGCCAAACCGGCAUUUUCCAGGCCUGUGCUGAAGUCCAGUCAGGGUACAAACUUGAACGCAGACCUUGGUGAGAAACCCAAAGAGAGAACUCCCUCUGGAGAGCCAGAGGAAGUUCACCCCUCUGCAGACCCCAAACACCUCAGUCCUGGACAUAAGCAGGUCCUACUAGAGCAGCAGAGGCUUGGGACCUUCGCUGAGUACCAGGCCACGUGGAACAAACAGAAGAAGUCAUCAGAGGCCAAGACGCAAGGGAGGUAUCAUUCAGCAGAGAACAUCUUGGACGCAGAUGCCGAGGAGAAGGCUGUGUGCAUCCAUGAGAGGUCCCGAUCUUCCCCCUCUGCGGACUUCUAUACACAGAACAUUCCUUCAGCAUGGAGAGACCCUCACAGCCAGCAGAGCACUUACAGAGGAAAAACAGAGAGCAGGCCGCGCUACCAGCCCGACCACAGCCCACAGCCGGCCCCGUCAGUCCCCAGAAACGAGGGCCUGGUCCCAGGCCUCGCUGACCACAGGCCCAAACCAGACGCUGCCAAUCCCUCCCACACUACACACUCCUCAGGCCCUCGCAGCCUCAGCCCCAACCCCGGCUCCCAGCCUCCACAAACCCAGGGCCUCCUGCCGCCGCCGCCCAGGCCCCAUUUAGGCCCAGAAACCACAUCCUCCUCCCAGGAAUUCCUCGCUGGCGCCCAGGCAGCGCACCAGCCUCUGUCCAGCUGCAGCUCUGACACCCAGCACCACGCCGCUGCCCAGAACUCCUCCGCCGGCCCCGCCCCGGCCAGCUCCCCUCACCUCGGCGGGACGUCCACAGCAGAUAUGAGCAGAGGAGGUGUAGACGGCAAGGUGGAGAGGGAACAGCUGCCCUCCUUGACACCAUCUCUGACUCUACCCACAGAUGGAGCGCGGUCUCCCUCGCCACAGUUUGCACCGCUGAGACUGACCGACAAGCCGCCGGUGGUGAUCGUGCAGGAUGAGUCGACGCUCAGGUCAGACAAUGAUCUGAAGCCCUCAGCUGAGAUGGAUGUCAGCAGUCUGGUGAGGAAAGUCCCCGUGAGGAUCGUCCACGCUGAGAGCAGCCUGGAGCGACAGGGCAGGACCUACCUGCUUCAGAGCAGCAGCGACACCUGCAGCGCCUUCCAGCCGCCGGCCAACAUCCCCUCCCUGAGCACCUCGGAGCGCCCGGCCUCGUCCCUGUUCAGCGCCUACACCCGCCAGGCCGCUCAGGAUCAGCUCCAGGAGUCAGUCCCUGAGUCGAGUUCAUCCGAGGCUCGACACUCAGAGGAGGACGCCAAGAGAGAGGAGCUGGCCAGAGACAUCAUGGGGAAAGACAAGACGCUGGUGGACAUCUUGGACCAGAGCGGCAGGAUGACCACCAUGGACCUGAUGGAGGGACUCUUCCCCACGGAGGAGCAGAUCCUGGAGGGGGCGCUUCAGCGCAGGAGGGCCUCGUCUGGCUCCAGACUGCCCACCUCUUCCCCCAGGAGCCUGGACAGGAGGGAGGAGGAGGACCUGUCCGUAUCAGCCACCACCUCCCUGGUCCCCAGCUCCUCCUACUACAACACAUCAGCUCCCAAAGCCGAGCUCCUCAUCAAGAUGAAGGACAUGCAGGAGCAGCUGGAGGAGCAGGACUCUGAGGACGAGCUGGACGUCGACCUCGCCAGUAAAAAGCAAGAGCUGAUCUCCAGCCUGGCGAAGAAGCUGGAGGUGCUGCGGGAGGCGCGGCAGAGCCUGCAGGAGGACGUGGAGGACAACGAGGCGCUGGGCCGGGAGGUGGAGGCCACCGUGCAGCGCCUCUGUCAGGCCAACCAGCUCGACAAGUUCUGCAUGUUUGUGGGCGACCUGGACAAGGUGGUGAGCCUGCUGCUGUCGUUGUCGGGGCGGCUCGCCCGCGUGGAGAACGCUCUCAACACCCUGGAGGACGAGGCGUCGCCGGAGGAGAAGCGGACCCUGACAGAGAAGCGUAAGCUGCUGAUGCAACAGCACGAGGACGCCAAGGAGCUGAAGGAGAACCUGGACCGUCGGGAGCGGCUGGUUUCCAGCAUCAUGGAGGCCCACCUGGACGCGGAGAGCCUGGACGACUACCGCCACUUUGUGAAGAUGAAGUCGGCCCUCAUCAUCGAGCAGCGCAAGCUGGAGGACAAGAUCAAGCUGGGCGAGGAGCAGCUCAAGUGCCUGGUGGACAGUCUGCCGCUGGAGCAGAGGCCGCUGCUCUGAUACUGCUCAGGAUCAAGAUGGAGGCACCAGGUCACGGGCAGCUUCUUUAUUUGAGGGGGCUACAUGUAGCAUUUUGAUAUUAACGUUAAAUCGUGUUUGAGGUCAUGGCUGAGAGGAUUCCAUGCAAAACUACAUUUCUCAUGGGGCUCUUCUUUGAGGCCUAAUUUUUGCACAACGAUGAGACAACAACACAGAGACAUCGAGUAAUUCACGUCAAAUCUGAGGCCGAGGGAGUUCAAGUAUCUCAGGGUCUUGUUCACGAGUGAGGGUAGAAUGAAGCAUGAGAUGGAUCGGUGGUUUGGUGCAGUGUCUGCAGUGAUGUGGGCACUCCGCCGGACCAUCAUGGUGAAGAGGGAGCUGAGCUGGAAGUCGAAGCUUUAGGCUUACCGGUCCAUCUACGUCCCAACCCUCACCUAUGGUCAUGAGCUCUGGGUAGUGACCGAAAGGAUGAGAUCGCGGAUACAAGCGGCCGAAAUUUGUUUCCUCCGAAGUCUACAGGUGAGGUGGUUCAGGCAUCUGAUCAGGAUCCUCCUGGGCGCCUCCUGUAAGAGGUGUUCUGGGUACGUCUGAUUGAGUGGAGGCCUCGGGGCAGACCCAGAACACACUGGAGGGAUUAUAGAUCUCAUCUGGUCUGGGAACGCCUUGGGGUCCUCCAGGAGGAGCUGGGAAGCGUUGCUGAGGAGAGGGACGUCUGGAGUACCUUGCUAAGCCUGCUGCCCCUGCGACCCGGCUUCGGAUAAGCGGAUGAAAAUGGAUGGAUGGAUAAUUCACGUCUGUGAUGUUUAAAUGGAUACUGUACAGAAGAUAUAGCGUUCUCUGAUUCAUUCUCCUGCUUUAGUUCGCAGAGACUUGCAGGUGAAGUUCCUGAGUUCAACACUUUCAAAACUUUUUCUACGUUCGGAGUAUCAAACACAGUCAAUGCUAAAGCGUAAACUGGUCACUAUUGGAGGGGUUUGUAUCACCAAAGACUCCAAGCUGAGCCUUCACUCUCCAGAAACAUCCAACCUGUGGUCCCUGACUACGUUUACAUGCAGACUAAUAUUAGUGUGAAUGUAAACGUAGUCAUAAAACUUUAAUUUAGAAUCAUAUCUGAUUGUAUUCACACCCACUGGAGACGACAAUGCGAAAAUGAAGUGCAGCGAUUAAACUGAACAAAAAUUUAAACACAAGACUUUUGUUUUUACAAGUUUAAGUUUAAGAUCUGAGACUUUUUUAUGCUCUCGACAGAUUAAUUUCUCUCAAACCUUUGUCACAAAUGUCUCAGAUUGAAGCCCUGUGUGACUUCAGGCUGUCCCAGACGAAAGACGACCACCAUGAAAGAAACAUGGCAAUAUCUUUAAGAUGGUCGACUGCUGUUAGCACCUUCGUCUACUAACCAACCAAUAGAAAUGCAGCAUGAAAUGACGCACUGGCACUAAACCCAAACAAACAGACAGAUAGCAGCUCGACAUGGAGGCAAAACACGCUAAGAGACAUGUGUGGGACUGUAGGACAUUUUAUUAACACAUAUUUAUGGAUAUUUAAUCAACAUUUUUUAGACAUUUUUUCAGACAAUUUAAUAAUAUUUUUUGGAUAAUUUAUCAACAUAUUUUUCGACAGUUUAUUAAUAUUUUUUGGACCAUUUAAUAAUAGUUUUCUGACAUUUUAUCAACAUUUUUCCUGAGAUUAUGUUAACAUUUUUGGACCUUUUAAUAACUUUUUGUUUUGGACAUUUUAUUAACAUAUUUUUAGAAUAUUGUAUCCACAGUUUUAAUUUUAUUAAUUAUAUUGGGCAUUUUAUUAACUGUUUUGGACAAUAUAAUAUUUUCAGACAUUUUAUCAAAAUUUUUGGGACUUUUUUGACAUUUUUUUGGACACAAUAAAAACAUUUCUUUCGACAUUCAAAUAAUAUUUUUUGGACAUUUCAUCAACAUUUUUUGUGACUUUUGAUCUUUUUUGGACUAACAUUUUUUUUAACUUUUUUUUCAGACAUUUAAAAAAAAAUUUGGACCAUUUAAGAAUAUAAUUUGACAUUUCAUUAACCUUUUUUAUAUUUUUGUUUUUCAGACAUUUUAUCAACAUUUGUUCAGACAUUUUUUUGGAAUUUUUUUAGACAUUUUGUUUAUCAGAUAUUUUUUAUAUUUUUUGGACAUUUUAUCAACUUUUUUUUUUUUUUUUUAAAUAGAUUUUUACAGUGAUAAUAAUUGUAUUACUAUUAUUAAUGUGAGCCUCUAUGUUGGGCUUCACAGUUAUGAGAAGUAAUAACCUGUGCAGCAGCACUGCAGCAUGGAAAGCUGUUGCAUCGUACAUCGUAGCCUGUGAUUCAGUCGGCGCUGUCAUCGUACAGUCUGCAGACAUCACAUUUAAUUUCGUCCCCUAGUUUAUCAGAUCCAUGAUGCACAGUGUCGCUGCACGAAACUUAAAAGUUUGCUUAAAGGAGUGUCCUUUAAUCGUGACCAUCCCGACACACCUGUGAGGUAAUGAUGCUGUGUGAUCAGCAGCUGAUCAGACACACCUGUCAGGUGGAUGUUGGAAAAGGAGAAGAGCUCACUGACAGAUUUGGGACAAACAUUUGAGAGAAAAGUAUCUGCUGAGUGCAAAAAAAAGUCUUAAAUCUUUAACUUAAACGUGUGAAAAGUAAGAAAGAAAAAGUGUUGCGUUUAAAUGUCUGCUCAGCGUUUAUUCCCUCAUCUCUUUAGUGCUCCCAGUCUCCCUUUGUUAUCUGUGUGUCUGAACUGUUGUGUUGAAGCUGCAUGUCGAGCUGCGUGUGGCUGGGCGUGUCAUUAAUCACCAUCAGGUGUGUUAUCAGUUUUGUUUUAUAGUAAUUUAUUGUAGCCUUUUUGAAAACUUAAAUGGAGAACGGGGAAACGUUUCCCCAGUAAUUUAUUUUCACCCAUGACGUCACGUUUGUUUUCUAAUGAACUGAAAUGAAGAGUUUGUUUCCUCUUGUCAGAUAUAAUUUAGCUCUCCUGCUUUCACAACAAACCUCUCUGUGUAGUUUAUUAUCCUCCGAGGGUGGACGUCACUUUUACACUUUUCAUAUUGGAGUGAAACUCUUUAAUUGAAGCUAGAAGAAGACGAUGUUGACUCUCCUUGUUGUUUUCUACACAAUAUUAUUCUGCUGGUUUUCACCACACUUGGUGCUUUUAGCUGAAACGCUCUCAUCACCUCCGAACUCCUGACUGACGGAUCUUUUCUACUUCCCUCUGAGUGAACGCACAGAGGCACAGCUGUGGAGGUUCAUCUGAAAGUUAGCACUUUACUCUCGACAUAUAUGAACAUGAAUAUAUAAAUAUAUUUAUUUGAAGACGUGCCUACUGUAGCUUCCCACCACUGUGAACCUCACGGACUGACGUGGGCGUACCCCUGGUGCUGUGUGCGGCCCACACUCACUAUCUGUAUGCAGUGCACUAUGUCACCAACUUUCAAAGCAAUAAAAU